AUGGGUAGUGCUUGGUGGCAGUGUGCAGCGUGUUUGAGAGCACAAGAAGAAGAUAUCUGUGAGUUACAGUUGAAUCACUGUAAUCUUUUUGAUGUACCACCUGAUGUGUUCAUUUAUGAAAGGACAUUGGAAAAGCUCUACCUUGAUGCCAAUAGAAUAAAGGAUCUUCCAAGGCCACUGUUUCAGUGCCAUGAAUUACGUGUACUUUCUCUCAGUGAUAAUGAAGUCACUAUGUUACCACCCGCCAUAGCAUCAUUAAUUAACUUGGAAUAUUUAGACCUCAGUAAAAAUAGUAUUAAAGAACUACCAGACAGUAUAAAAGAAUGCAAAAAUCUUCGUUCUAUAGAUAUCAGUGUUAAUCCAUUUGAACGUUUCCCAGAUGCUAUUACACAUAUUGUUGGACUAAGAGAAUUGUAUAUAAAUGAUGCGUAUAUAGAAUAUCUACCAGCAAAUUUUGGAAGACUUUCAGCUUUGAGAACAUUAGAACUUAGAGAGAAUAACAUGAUGACAUUGCCAAAGAGUAUGAGCCGUUUAGUAAAUUUGCAAAGGCUUGAUAUUGGUAAUAAUGAUUUCACUGAAUUGCCUGAAGUAGUUGGGGAUCUAAUCAAUCUCACUGAAUUGUGGAUAGAUGGUAAUGAUAUCAGACGUAUACCAGUCAACAUUAACCAGCUUUAUCGGUUAAAUCAUUUUGAUUGUACCGUGAAUGCAAUUCAUGUUAUUCCAUCAGAAGUAGAAGGUUGGAGGGAUAUUUCAAUCAUGCAUCUUUCAUCAAAUGAAAUUUACCAGUUACCAGAUUCUCUUUGCUAUCUACAUACAAUUGUGACUCUUAAAGUUGACGACAAUCAAUUGAAUGCACUGCCAAACGACAUUGGACAGAUGUCAAACUUAGAGGAGCUUAUAGUUACUAAGAACUUCCUUGAAUAUUUACCACCAUCAAUAGGACUAUUGCGAAAAUUACACUGUUUGAAUGCAGACAAUAACUAUUUGAGAUGCCUUCCACCAGAGAUUGGAAGUUGCACUGCAUUAUCAUUGCUUUCAUUGAGAUCAAACAAUCUAACUCGAGUUCCGCCUGAAUUGGGACAUCUAUCCUCUUUAAGAGUGCUGAAUCUCGUAAACAAUUGCAUCAAAUUUUUGCCUGUUUCUAUGCUGAACUUGAGCAAUCUAAAAGCAUUAUGGCUGAGCGACAAUCAAAGUCAACCAUUGGUACCACUACAACAGGAAUUCAAUUGUGAAGAAGAUAUGAUGGUGUUGAGUUGUUUUAUGCUCCCACAAAAGCCGCGGCAAGAAUUAGAGCAGAUAACACCGGCUGUAGGAUUAAUUUCAAGUUCGAUCGUUGGUACUGGAAAAAGAAUAUGUUUUGCUGCUGAGGUAGAAUCUGAAAUCCCUAGACAACUUCAUCGUGCACCAACUCCCUACCCUAAAGAACUGCGCAACCUUGCAAGGCAUGCCCGAAAUUUACAUCAUCAAUCAGCACAUGAUCAACGAAUGCAAUUAGAACAGGAGACUAUGAUUAAAGAAGCUAUUAUUGCUACAACUACUCUGGACCUUACCUCAAAAUCUGGAACCUGUUUUUCACAAAGUUUGUUUAAUAAGGGUUCACAUUCGUCACUUUCACCAACCGAGCGUCACACAUCAAAAGCGUACAAGAACAGUAGUCUUACGGAUGUUGGAACAGAGCAGUCUGUUUCAGAAGAAUCUUCCGAUGAAGCUAAUAAAACCGUACUCGCGAAAGAGAAGAGUCCUGAUAUCCGAGAAGCAAAAUAUAUUCGUAACCCAACAUCUGAGUACCUUUCUAAGACUCCAACGGUAGCAGAUUAUGUUAAUUCCACUUGGAAACCAGAUGAGUAUUCGAAGGCAAAUACAGCAAAAAUUGUGGAAUCAGAGAAAUUUAUAGAACCUUUUAAAACUGUACCCAUUACCGUGGGUGUUAAGAACACUGAUCAAAUGCACAUUCAAACACCAAAAGUAAAUGAAGUUCCACCAGUUCCACCACCGUAUCAUAUUGCUGCUGCGUUUUCAAAGAAGGCAGCAUUUUUUCAACAAUUAAAUCAAUCAGCUCAAUCAGACUCGUCGACAAUCUCUCCUCCACAAACGGAUAUCAACAUAUCAAGUUCAAAGCCAUCGCAAGAAACACAAAUGCAAAAUUAUGACGGGUGUGGGGAAUUAUAUAAAGCAGAAGAACGCUUGUGCAACGAUACAUUUUCGCUCAAUAAUACGGAUGUUACAAACGCUUCGAGUAACGAUGGAAAAACGAGUUCUUCCAGUGCUGAUCAAACGCAAAUAUCUACAGAGUCGAACGACCCGGAGCAAUCUAUCGAAGGGGAUCGAUCAUUGAAACCGAGCAGAAUUCCCAUUCUGAAAACGAAACAUUUAGACAGCACAAAUUCAAUUUCGAGUAGCGAUCUAUCGAAUAAAUGUAUAAACUCUUCGGUGGAAGAUUACGAAGCUUUAAAACUAUUGAAUGCGUCAUGCAUACCAACGUCCCCGGUAACCGGAAAAAAAUAUCGAAGUCCAUUCUCCAUGCAAGCUAAAUUAUCAGACAGGUCGAAAAAAGUGUUAAACGGAAGCAUUUCGAAUCACAAUACCUCGUGUGAUAAUUUAUCAGUGAAUAUGAUUAAUUCCAAUCAAAUUGGAAAUUUGAAUAUUGAAGGAAUUAUCCCAAAAAUUAUGUCUAACGAAACGUCGAAUAUGAACAGUCCUGUUAAUAUAAAAAAUGAAGCUAACUCUGGUAGAAGUACACCAAUUUUAACCAAUAAUAAAUCUUCAAACGAGCUGACCAUUUCUAACAUUGACAAGUAUAAAGUUGCUGGACCGAAUGAUUCAUUGAGUGCAGAGAGGAAACCAAGAUUCAAAUGGAUGUUUGGACCCCACAAAAAUGCUAACGUAUUGCCUGUUCAAGUAAAAAAGAAUCCAGGUCUCGGUUUUAGCAUAGCCGGUGGAGUGGCGGGCGCGGAAACCGGAAUUAUCGUAACUAAAGUGAACCCAGACGGUCCAGCGCAAGGAACACUUCGACCAGGGGACAAAAUUUUGGAGGUGGAUGGUAUAGACUUCACUAAAUCUGACCACAACAAUGCAGUUGCUGUCCUUCGAGCUACUGGCGCUGUGGUAUCCAUGAUGAUCAGCCGCCAUCAAUGACAUUAAAUUGAAAGAGAAAUAUUUUUCGUUUGUAUUUCGCGAAUAAGUUACGCACAUCAGACUGAGUACACCUCACGUAAGUUUUUUUUAGUGUAUAUACAUAGAUCCGUUAUUAAUUAACAUUGACAUACGCGCGCGCGCGCACACACACACAACAUGAAAUGCACGAGAACACGGAAGUUCGAUUUUGUUUGUUCUAAACGCUUGUUUUCGCGGUAGUAAAUCGUACUCUUUCCAAUACUAUCGAGCGACUGAAUUGUACGACUGAAACAGCGUUACCAAAGGUGGGAGUGGGGGCAACUUACCCGAGGAAAACAUUUCUGACUUCCAGUGGUUACGAA